AUGAUGAGCGAUUUUAUGGAUUGUGUUGUGUGGAACGUAAGAGGGGCUGGGGGUCAAGUUCUCCCUCGGCUACUACAAAAUUUCAAGAAGCAGUAUGGGGUUGCGUUUAUGGCACUUUUGGAACCAAGACAACAGGGCUCUAAAGCAAGGACAUUGGCAAGACGCUUGAAGAUGGAACAUUGCGAAGUGGUUGAGGCCCAGGGAUACAAUGGCGGUAUUUGGUGUUUCUGGGACGCUACUAUUAACUUUCAAGUACUGGCUAGGACAGAGCAGGCGUUGCAUGGAAUCUUUAACGCUGGGUCGUCGAAUGAAGUAUGCCUAACGAUUGUGUAUGGGAAACCGAACAGAUGUAUACGGGAUAGGCUUUGGAGUGAUCUUCGGUCUUUCUCCACUCAUAUCACUAAGCCGUGGUGCAUUAUCGGGGACUUUAAUGCAACGUUACAUGUCGGGGAUCAGGUCUCGAAAAACAUAAACACCAUGGGAGUAGAUCUACAAUUCCAAAGGUUAGUGGAUGACUUGGAUUUAGCGGAGAUGGAGUUCUAUGGCCCACGGUUCACAUGGAGUAAUAACGGAUGUUUUAGCAGAAUUGAUAUGGCAUUAAUGAACGAAGAAUGGAGGCGGAAGUUCCCGAACUCAAGUGUCAUGCAUUUACCGAAGUUCAAAUCGGACCAUACGCCACUGCUGUUACGAACUUUGGAGAAGGUAAACGACAGAAGAAGUAGAUCAAAUAUAUUUAGAUUCUUUGCCCCUUGGGUCACCCACGAGGAGUUUUCAAAAUUCGUGAAAGGAGCUUGGAACACCAGUUUGAGUUAG